GCCCGGUCCUCUCUCUAGCUGUCAGCUGGACCACACAAACCGACCCGGGAUCAGGACUCACGGACUAAAACUCAAACUCCAGCCCCCCCUUUUCUCUAAGAAUGCAGCCGACCUGUUGAGUGUAGCCGAGCUGAAGGCAGCAGCAGCAGCAGCAGCAGGGUGUUGGCGGACUGAGAGCAGAAAAGUCACACGUAUCCGCCUUCUUCUUGUUCUCUGGGAAAGAUUUCCUCUUUGUUGUCGUUGCUAGAUUCACCGUGUGAGAGUCCUUUUAGUGCCCCUCAGACAACACAGAGAGGCUACAUGUUGCGUCAGGUCUCUGUUGACUCUGUUGGCCGGUCAACAGCCUCAAGCGUGAAGAUGUCAAAGAUCGGUGCUUUGGUGUUGAUGACACUUGUGUCCAUGGGGUUUGCGGAAGAACAGAACUUGGAAGAGGAUCCAUUCACCUUUGACUACCACAGACUGCGUGUUGGAGGCCUGAUUCUAGCUGCUGUCCUCUGUCUCAUUGGCAUCACCAUCCUGUUCAGUGGCCACUGCAGGUGCAAGUUCAACCAGGAGAAGAGAAGGAGGACAGGAAGCAAUGCUCAGCAGAUGCUCUCCGACCAAGGUCGUUCCUGUGACUGCUAGACGUCAACCAGAACACACACUGACAUCCCGAUGAACCUGCAACCAACAGAUAACACGCAGCAGCAGCGGCAGCAGCGGGAUCUGAUCCAUCCAACAAGAGGCUUUUGUUUUUAUUGUUAGAGAGCGACAGGAAGUAGUCUGUGUGUGUGUACCGGCUGUGAGGUGUGAUGCUUUCUGCCUGAUAACUGAGCUACUGAUCUGCAGCCUGCAGCUUGACACAUACACACACACACAAGUUGUCACUUUCAUUUCAAUCAGCUGAUGGUGUUUAGAAGUUGAAAAGGUUUUUUGACAUGAAGAAACUGUCUCAUGAAUCCUUCUGUAACUCAGUGUGAAUGCUCUGUCGUUCAUUUUAGGUUGAUUGAGCUGAAAGUGACUUCAUAUAACGGUUAACACGAACCUUUUACCAAAAAAAAAUCCUUAAGUGUCUGCAUACUGUAGGUUGUGUCGAUGUCUCGCACUACUCCUGUUGUCUGUACUGUCUGUGUACGGUAAACAUUGAUAUUAGUCGCUUACUGUGACCAACCUAACCAUGCUUUCAUGUCACAUAUUAUGAAAUCCACAUAGUCAGUGAGUGUUUAGAGUGCUGUUGAUAAUUCAUGAUAAUCUCUUAAUUCCAAUGUUUAGCUUUAUGGAGGAAAGUAGUGGAUUGCACUGUUCGGAGAUACAGAAAUGCUCUGUCAUGUUUCUAUAAAAAGAACUAUUGAAACUAA